CGCUUCUCAGAGUACUUCGAAAUUUUUCCCCUUCCAUCAGUGUCUGAGUCGGACUCCCGCCCGCACUUCUCUCCUUUUUUUUACAGGUUCUCUCUCUCUCUCUCUCUGCGUUCUAGCACGACAAUGGCGAUGGAGCAGCAAAGAAAGCAGAAAAUGGUGCAAGAACAACAACAGCAGGAAGAACUCGAUGACAUUCAGCACGGUCCUUUCCCUGUUGAACAACUUCAGGCAUCUGGUAUUGCGGCUCUUGAUAUCAAAAAGCUAAAAGAUGCUGGCCUUUGCACUGUUGAAUCUGUUGCAUACUCUCCAAGGAAGGAGCUUUUGCAAAUAAAGGGGAUUAGUGAAGCUAAAGUUGAUAAGAUCAUUGAAGCAGCAUCAAAGUUGGUACCUUUAGGUUUCACAAGUGCUAGCCAACUUCAUGCGCAGAGGCUGGAAAUCAUACAGAUAGCUACUGGGUCAAGAGAACUUGACAAGAUCCUGGAAGGAGGUAUUGAAACUGGAUCUAUCACGGAGAUAUAUGGGGAGUUUCGUUCAGGAAAGACUCAACUAUGUCAUACACUUUGCGUUACUUGUCAACUUCCUCUAGACCAAGGGGGUGGUGAAGGGAAAGCAAUGUACAUUGAUGCUGAGGGAACAUUCAGGCCACAAAGACUUUUGCAGAUAGCUGACAGGUUUGGAUUGAAUGGAGCAGAUGUUCUGGAGAAUGUCGCCUAUGCUCGGGCAUAUAAUACUGAUCAUCAAUCAAGGCUUUUGCUUGAAGCAGCUUCAAUGAUGGUGGAAACCAGAUUUGCUCUUAUGAUAGUGGAUAGUGCCACUGCACUUUAUAGGACAGAUUUCUCUGGUAGGGGUGAAUUGUCGGCUAGACAAAUGCAUCUAGCAAAGUUCCUGAGGAGCCUUCAGAAAUUGGCAGAUGAGUUUGGUGUAGCUGUUGUUAUCACCAACCAAGUUGUUGCACAAGUGGAUGGUUCUGCAAUUUUUGCUGGACCUCAAAUAAAACCAAUUGGUGGUAACAUCAUGGCGCAUGCAUCGACAACAAGGCUAGCUCUUCGGAAGGGACGAGCAGAGGAACGCAUUUGUAAAGUGAUAAGUUCUCCUUGUUUGGCCGAGGCUGAAGCAAGGUUUCAAAUUUCUCCAGAAGGUGUAACUGAUGUCAAGGACUGAUCUGGAUUGUUGAUAAUCGCUUUUGAGGGGAUCAUUUUCCCCAUAUCAACAUCUUGUUGAGCAAGUUACUGUACUAGUUUGUAAAAUAUAGGUAUAGAUUUUGUAGCUCUGGUACUUUGAAGAUCACAUUUUGUAUCAUUUGAAGAAUUUCAG